UGGGGCGUCCUGUGCAGAGCUCGUGUCUUUCAAGCACCCUCAUGUUGCCAACCCACGGCUCCAGUUGGCCUCCCCGGAAGAAAAAUGUCAACAGGUUUUGGAACCUCCUUAUGACGAAAUGUUUGCUGCUCAUUUAAGGUGCACUUACGCCGUGGGGAACCACGACUUCAUAGAGGCGUACAAAUGCCAGACUGUCAUCGUUCAAUAUCUUUGUCAUUGGUGUUACUGUUCAGUUAUAUUUGGGGUUUAAGAUGUUGAAACAUCGGGCCAGUUUUAUUCAUACCUUUAAUUAGAAAGGAAUGAAAAAACCUUUCAGAAGAGAAACUGGUUUCGCCUUUUCACUCAGGUGCUUAAAUUUAGCAUGGACCUUGAGACUGUCAUGUUACCUAGGUAGCGAGGAAGAAUACAGGUUGUGAUUAAGGUUCCUUAAUUCUGUUGGAAGAAUAUCUCCUUUAAAACAUUAAGUCUAGUUACAGCAACUACUUAGUCCUUUUGGUGAAAUACAAGAGCUCUGAAAUCCAGGCAUAGGUGGACAGGAGUGAACUCAAUAAACAUCAUCAUUUGACUGUGGUCACUAAAGAGCUUUAUCAAGCUAGUUUCUGAUUUAAGUCAUUUAAGUGAUAUCUCCUAGCUAAGGCCUCAGUCAAUGAAUGUUCUGGUUUUUAUAUGUAUCUCUAGAUUUUUAGUUUGCUUCUUUUUUAACCUUGUUUAAAUAUACAAAGGAGAGUCGGUUACUAACUAGGGAAGUCUCCUUUGAAUUUAAGAAUUCUAUAAUCAGGGAAAUAUACUUUACAGAUUUAUUAUAUAUAACUCAUCAUCUGGCUUCAGAGAAACCAAAUGUUUGAAGUUGCCAAUUAAAAAAAUCUCAGUCCCUUACUUUGGAGAAAUAUAAUUACUAUACUCAUACCUAAUGACUUUCAGAUAUUUGUAAUCUGUAUAUUUUUCCUUUAAGAAGCUCUCUCUCUGAUACAUGAUCUUCUAAACUUAAAAUUUAGAGUCCUUCAUAUUUCUUACCGUUUGUGGUAUUACUUGGAUUUUGUACGUUAUUCCUUCCUUAACAUAAUACAUCUUUCCUGCGGGCAUUUCAGGCCCACAAAGAGGACAACUGGGCUCUGCCUGUCAUGUAUGCUGUAGCGCUUGACCUUCGAAUAUUUGCCAAUAAUGCGGACCAGCAGCUGGUGAAGAAAGGGAGGAGCAAGGUUGGGGACAUGCUGGAAAAGGCGGCUGAGUUGUUGAUGAGCUGUUUCCGCGUCUGCGCCAGCGACACUCGGGCUGGCAUCGAGGACUCUAAGAAGUGGGGGAUGCUGUUCUUGGUGAACCAGCUAUUCAAGAUCUACUUUAAGAUAAACAAGCUGCACUUGUGCAAGCCCCUCAUCAGAGCCAUCGACAGCUCCAACCUGAAGGACGACUACAGCACCGCCCAGAGGGUGACGUUCAGGUACUACGUCGGGCGCAAGGCCAUGUUCGACAGUGACUUCAAGCAAGCCGAGGAGUACCUGUCCUUUGCCUUCGAGCACUGCCACCGCUCGAGUCAGAAGAACAAACGGAUGAUUCUCAUCUAUUUACUCCCGGUGAAAAUGCUGCUGGGUCAUAUGCCGACCAUCGAGCUGUUGAGAAAGUAUCACCUCAUGCAGUUUGCCGAAGUGACCAAAGCUGUCAGCGAAGGCAAUCUUCUGCUGUUGAACGAGGCUCUGACGAAGCACGAGACCUUCUUUAUCCGCUGUGGCAUUUUCCUUAUCCUUGAGAAGCUGAAGAUCAUCACCUACAGGAAUCUCUUCAAGAAAGUGUACCUGCUGCUCAGAACACACCAGUUGUCUCUGGACGCUUUCCUGGUUGCCUUGAAGUUCAUGCGAGUGGAGGACGUGGACAUCGAUGAGGUCCAGUGCAUCCUGGCCAACCUGAUCUACAUGGGCCACAUUAAAGGCUACAUAUCACAUCAGCAUCAGAAGCUGGUUGUUAGCAAGCAGAACCCGUUCCCCCCGCUGUCGACAGUGUGUUGAGUGCGUGCACGGUCCCGAGGACGGGAGGACGGCAUGUUCCUUCAGUCACCGUUUGCGCAGAUGAAAUCCAUCCUGUGCCAGGACCUCUGCCGCCGGGAUCUCUGGGCUCAUUUCUCUGGGCUCACAACUGAGGUCCACCAUGCGGAGAGCGUGAGCUCCUUCAGAAAAUGUGGACGGGUGAAGGGGCUCUGUGCCCCGCAUAGCUCUGUUACCUCAGAGGUGCUGUUCCUAAAGGCACCUUUGUAAAUUUUUACGUAACCCUUCCUCUGAAACAGCAUCCUGAGUUUAUACGAAUGGCGUGUCCUUUAUUCUGUCUUCUGGGGGCACGUCUAUUUUUAUAUGUUAAAUUUGAACUUUGAUCAAAGUGUUUGGUUAAUUUAAGCCUUCUUUAUACAAAAUGAAUUUACUUUUUCCACAUUUUACAGCCUGCCAUGUUUUCAGAGUGUGCACAUUUCCUCUGUUCGUGCAAAAUUUACUAAAGAAAAUGUCCUAAGUGCUUUCA